GACACUUCCUACAGCAACCCGGAUUCCUUGCCCAACCUCCUCUAAUACAGCCUCCCUGGGAGUUUCCUUUUUCCCGGGCUCAGCCGCGCUCCUCUCCGCCAUUCCAAUUCCUCUCCAUCCAUCCUUCGGGACGCCGGAUCCAUUCGGUCUCCUGUCACCGCCUGGGGGGAGGAGGCACGGUUCCAAUUUGCACCCCAGCCUCCUCCUGGCUCGCCGCACCUGCCACCCCUCCCUGCCUAGGGCAGGCUCUCUCGGCGCAAGCGCACUAGGCGCGGCCGGGAGGCCGAGGGCGACUAUAGCAGCCUCGGCCUCCACCUCCUCCGGCUGUAUCUGCGCGGGGCUGGUCGGUGGCCGCGGGGACCGCGCUGGGCAGGGGCCCCGCGGACCGCGCGUCGCCAUGGGCACCAGCUGGAGCAGCGAAGAGGAGCGGCAGCCGCUGCUGGGGCCGGGACUGGGGCCUGCGCCGGGGGCUGCCCGGAGAAGCCGAGAGGCGGCAGCGGCGGCGGCGGCGGCGGCAGCAGCGCUACCCGCGGCCGCCCAAGGUCCCGGGCGGGUGUACGGGCGCCGCUGGCUAGUACUUCUGCUCUUCUCGCUGCUGGGGUUUGCUCAGGGCCUGGUCUGGAACACCUGGGGUCCCAUCCAGAACUCGGCGCGCCAGGCCUAUGGCUUCUCCAGCUGGGACAUCGCGCUGCUCGUGCUGUGGGGUCCCAUCGGUUUCCUGCCCUGCUUCGCGUUCAUGUGGCUCCUGGACAAGAGAGGUCUUCGGAUAACUGUGCUUCUGACAUCCUUCCUUAUGGUUUUGGGAGCUGGCCUAAGAUGCAUACCUAUAACAGACUUAAUGCUUAAAAGAAGACUAAUCCAUGGAGGACAGAUGUUAAAUGGAUUAGCAGGUCCAACUGUAACGAAUGCAGCUCCAUUCCUCUCCACUACAUGGUUUUCUGCAGAUGAACGGGCUACUGCCACAGCUAUUGCGUCAAUGCUCAGUUAUCUUGGGGGAGCAUGUGCAUUUUUAGUUGGACCACUUCUUGUUCCAGCUCCCAAUGGGACGUCGCCUCUUCUUGCUUCCGAGAAUAGCAGGGCCCACAUUAGAGAUCGCAUAGAGAAUGUAUUAUAUGCAGAAUUUGGAGUUGUUUGCUUACUGUUUUCUGCAACUCUAGCUUAUUUCCCACCUCGGCCUCCUCUUCCUCCCAGUGUUGCUGCAGCUAGCCAGCGGCUCAGUUAUCGGCGGAGCUUUUGUAGAUUAUUAAGCAAUUUGAGAUUUUUGAUGAUUGCGUUAGCAUAUGCCAUACCACUUGGUGUAUUUGCUGGCUGGUCUGGAGUUCUGGACUUAAUUUUAACACCAGUGCAUGUCAGCCAAGUAGAUGCUGGCUGGAUUGGAUUUUGGUCCAUAGUUGGAGGCUGUGUUGUUGGAAUAGCUAUGGCAAGGUUUGCAGAUUUUAUCAGGGGUAUGCUGAAACUAAUUCUUCUCCUCCUGUUUUCUGGGGCUACGCUAUCAUCUAUGUGGUUCACCCUGACCUGUUUGAACAGCAUCACACAUCUGCCUUUAACCACAGAAUUUAGCUACCGAGGAAACCAAAAUCAGAAGAUUGGUACUGAGCAUGAAAUGAAGCCACGGGAUUUGCAUGGCCAUGUGGGGGUUUUCAGACAGGGCCCCUGCUUCCCCCUGCCGCCUUCUCUCUCUAUAUCAUGCUUGAUAAAAAUCAAUAAAAUCAAAUCUGUCUUUUCAAGACUUCGUUAGUCCCCUUUCAGUAUGUCCUCAUCAUUAUCAUUCUUUUAUAAUUUGCAAUUAUUUUAUUAUAUGCAAAUUAUGAUUCUUUUUCGGGUAUUACACUUUGAUUUGCCUGAUUACAAAUUACAUGUGAGAAAUAUGUGUUGAAGGAUUAUUUCCAAACAUAGAUCCUAAAAAAGGGUAAUUUCAUCACUGGUUUGUGAAUUCUUACUUAAAAGUAGCACUUUCUGGUCCUUAAGAGUUUGCUUUUCCCUGUCAUUUAUUUCAGUGUUGUCUUGUUUUUAAUUCCUGGGCUCAUCUGUGUUUGGGUCAGUAGCCAUCUCUGCUCUGAUUGCCAACUGACCAAUAAAUUAUUAUAAAGUAUUUUGUAGGUAGAAUAUUCUAUGAAAGCUACCGGAUAUAUUCCAUCCCUACAUUUCCUAAUGGACCACUAAUGAGUCAUGUGUUAAACAGAUGUGUUGAUUGAUUUACAUGAUCUACAUGUAGCAAAAAUACAGUGAGCAUCAGGUGUUGGAUUUUGUUCUGUUUUUAAGAAUCUCUUGAAAAUUACUUCAUGUUUUAAAUGGUAUUUAUUAUAAGUAUCAGAUGCUUUCCAUUUAAUUCUGUAGAUAAUUCGGUCACUGGUUCAGCCAGCAAUAUGUUCUUUAUUCACUGUCAUCCUCAUGUUCUCUAUUUUAAUAUGCGUCUUCUAUUCAAAGAAAGAGUAAUCACCAGCUAUUUAUGUUAUUAGAAUGUACUAAAUAUUUUUUAAUCCUGAAAGACCAGUAUAAUUAGAAGAGAAAAUAAGAAUAGAGGUAAAUUGGAGGAAUCCUAUUAGAAAACAGUGGAUGCUAUUUGUUUGCCCCUUCAGCAAUGUCAUGGACUGUUGAUUAUUGUAAUCAAUUAUGAUAAAUUCUGUGAAUAAUACAUAACAGGUUUAGGGUAACUCCCUCAUUUCUUGCAUUUCCUGUACAGAAAAUGUUUUCUUAAUAAAUGUUUUUAUUAAAAAUA